AGGGCGCUGGAGCGGCCCCUGGAGCGACCGGAGCACCGCGACCGCGAGCGCCACGAGCGGCCGGCCUACAACCACGGCCACAGCUGGAUAAAGAUGGGCCUGGCCAGCGAGCAGGAGGUGUGGCGGUCGCCGCAGCAGGUGCACGCCGUGGGCUCGUCGCCGCUGUGCGCGCGGCUGCCCGGCCUGAGCCCCGGCCAGGACAAGCAGUGCCAGCUGUACCAGGACCACAUGGCGCCCGUGGGCCGGGGCGCGCACGCCGCCAUCUCCGAGUGCCAGCACCAGUUCAAGGAGCGCCGCUGGAACUGCUCGGCCGCCGCGCUGGACCAGACCCUGUUCAGCAGCGUCAUGAAAGUCGCGAGUCGCGAGGUGGCGUACCUGCACGCCGUGACGGCGGCGGGCGUGGCGCACGCCGUGUCGCGGUCCUGCCGCGACGGCCACCUCUCUUCGUGCGGCUGCGCGCGCUCCGGCCGGCCCAGGGACCUGCACCGCGACUGGAUCUGGGGCGGCUGCGGAGACAACCUGGAGUACGGAUACAAGUUCACCCAGGGCUUCGUGGACGUCCGGGAGCGCGAGAGGAAGCUGCGGCGCGGCAGCCGGGAGCAGGCCCGGGCCCUCAUGAACCUCCACAACAACGAGGCCGGCCGGAGGGCCGUGAUCAAGAAGUCCAGCGUGACGUGCAAGUGCCACGGCGUGUCGGGAUCGUGCUCGCUCAUCACGUGCUGGCAGCAGCUUGCCUCCUUCAGGGAAAUCGGCGACCACAUCAAGGAGAAGUACGACAGCGCCACGGAGGUGCGCGCCAGCCGGAGGGGCCGCCUGCAGCUGCGCGACCCGCGCUUCACGCUCCCCACCGCCUCCGACCUCGUCUACCUGGACGAGUCGCCCAACUACUGCGUCCGGGACCUCACCGUCGGCUCGCUGGGCACGCAGGGGCGCCACUGCAACCGCACCUCGCACGGCAUGGACGGCUGCAACCUGAUGUGCUGCGGCCGCGGCUACAACACGCAGAAGAUGACGGUGCGGGAGCGGUGCGACUGCAAGUUCCACUGGUGCUGCUACGUCGAGUGCAAGAUGUGCACGCAGACCGUCGAGGUGCACACCUGCAAGUGAAGGCACCGCGUCGUCGGGGACGUCGCUCCACGAACAGUGAUUGUGCUCAAAGUUGGGUGGGAAUGAUGAUGAUGAUUCAAGAGGUUUUGUAAGAUAAGGAACUGGGACAUUGUUGCGACGUUGUUUUUAGUGAGGAGAGAGAGAGAGAGAGUUGUGUGGUCUGUAAAUAGCGCAUCGAGUACGCUGUAAAUACCGCUUCAUUUUGGACACUGAUCAUGCGACAUAUCAGCUCUAAGAGACAAACCCGAACCGAGUUUUGUGACCCACAUUCUUCGCGUCGAGAACGUGUCGCUGAAAGUGAGGGCGUUGUGACUUACAAAAAUGUUCUCUGUGCCAUAAUUCCAUCGUAAAUUGUCAAUCCGUUGUUAGCUUAGAAAGACGUUUGUAUGUUCUUGUAGCGGUUUUUCUGAAACUAAUAUGUUCAAGUACUGUCCUUUAGUGUUUGCUGUAGUUGCUUUUGACUCUCAUGUUGUCGAUUUAUGAGAGCAGAGUACAGUAUUCUCUAUCUAGCAUCAUAGACUUCGUUUUUAAACAUAGAUUUCUCUUGAGACACUCACAUUCCAAUUUUAUUCCCAGCACCUCGUUGUACUUAAAACGUAGUUUGUCUUCGCGUGCGUAGAGUAGGGUUCGAAAUUGUUAUAAAUUUCAAACCAGCAAAAACCUGCAAACCUCCCUUUCAAACCAAAUAUGAAGCUACUUGAUCGUGUAAUGUUGAAUUUCCUGUACACUUCUCCAGUCGAAAAGUGCCUCAGUGACGUUCGUUUCAGCCAAAAAAGAAUCGAGCGUCGAUCGUCCUAGUUUUGACCUUUAGCCGGGCCACGGUUGAAAACACCGGUUCCAGGUCCGAAGGAACGCGAUCGACGCCAAGUAUUAUUGCUUUUGCUCAUUGCAACAAUGUACAUACGUUUCACCUGCCUUCCUGUCAUCGUACCUUCCAACAAACUCUGUAGUUACGAGAAUGAUUAUUUAUUGUAUGGAAUAACUUAUAUAGAUGUGUUGUACAGUA